UGCCUUGUACUGCUUCUGCUACCCCAAACCGUAACACCAAAGCCUCUCUCUAACCCAAUCCAUGGCGUCCGAGCCUCCUCGCACCACCACCGCCGCAGCCGCGAAAGAGAAACGACACCGUUCCAUCUUCGAACUCCCGCCCGAAUUCUUCGACUCCUGCGCGCUGCUCACUCCCUCCGGCCUCUCAGUCGCUUCAACUUUCGAGACCUCCAACAGCUCCGCCGUCGAAACCCUAGACGAGUCUCCGUCUGACAACACCGAUCAAGACCGCUCCCAAAGCGGCGCCGUUUCGAUUCGGCUGACCUGCAACACUUGCAAAGCUGAGUUCGAGUCCCUCCAGGACCAGCGCGUCCACUUCAAAUCCGAUAUUCACCGAUUCAAUGUGAAGCUGAGCCUUGCCGGAAAGAGUAUUGUGAAGGAGGAGGACUUUGAUGAGUUAACGUCUGAUUCUUUUAAAGACUUUGAUGUCUCGAGUAUAUCGGGAUCAGAGGAUGAUGAAUCUGAAAAAGUUGGGCCUUAUAAGCCUUCAAGGGCAUCUGCAAGGCAGAAGUUAUUCAUCCACCUUCAGACGGGAGAAAGAAUUUCGAUUUGGAAGUGUUUAAUUACGAAUGAGUCUGGACCAGAAAGUGAUUUGUCAUGUGAUGAAUUGUUAGGGAGAUUGAACGCGGUGGUUCAUGAGCCUAGAGACAAUACCUGUUUUAGAGUUGUGUUGCUUGCAAGUGGUGGGCAUUUUGCCGGUUGUGUGUUUGAUGGUAAUAGGAUUGUAGCUCACAAGACCUUCCACAGGUAUGUUGUAAGGGCCAAGUCUGGAAAAAAACAGUCAUCAAAUGAUGCAUCUAGAUUUGCUCAUUCUGCUGGAGCUUCUCUCCGGCGUCAUAAUGAACUUGCAUUGAAAAAGGAUAUUCAAGAGCUACUUGCUGCAUGGAAGCCUUUUUUUGAUGCCUCGUCUUGCGUUUUUGUGUAUGCCCCUUCUAGCAACCAUCAGCUGCUUUCUAACGGGGAGAAACCAUAUUUUAGUCAGCAGAAGGUUCGAAAUAUUCCAAUCACUAUUCGGAGACCUACUAUGAAGGAAGCCCGGAGGAUAUAUGAACAGUUGACACAAGUUUCUAAUGAACAAGAGGAGAUUGAAGCUCCUUUAUUUACAAAAGAGGAGAAACCUUCUACUUCAGGAAUUGAUACUGAUACUAUCUCAAGCAUGGGGAAACUCAACAUUGUUGAGCCUAGUACAGAAGCUUGCUCAAGUACUAGAGAGUCUGAUGAACUUCCUAUAUUAAGUGAGAGUCAUAAUGAUGUUAAUGGUUUUUCAACACCUUUGCAUGAAGCAGCACAGUCUGGGAAUGCUCUCAAGGUCUUGGAACUCUUGGAACAGGGUCUGGAUCCUUGUGCCAUAGAUGAAAGGGGACAGACUCCAUACAUGGUAGCAAACGAAAAGGAGGUCAGGAAUACAUUUAGACGGUUCAUGGCAGCACAUCUGGAAAAGUGGGACUGGAAUGCUGCGAAGGUUCCUAGUGCAUUGACAAAGGAAAUGGAAGAAUCUCAAGCUGCUAAACAGGCUGAAAAAGAAGCCAAAAGGAAAGCAAGAGCAAAAGAAUUGAAGAAACUACGCAAAGAAAAGGAAAAGAAAGCUCAGUUUGAUUUUACACAGGCUGAGGCUGCUGCUUCCAAGAAUAUUUCAAUGAAUACAAAGUCAUCAACAGCAUCUCAGCCUAGUCGUGGGUCUCAGAUCUCUAAAGAGGAGGAACUGAAAAAGAAAUUGGCAGCCGAGAGGGAAAAACGGGCGGCAGCAGCAGAGCGGAGAAUGGCUGCAGCUGCAGCCGUUAGUACUCAAGGUAAUAGCACCACUCCACAACCCCAAAGUGGGGUAGGUGAUGAAAUUAGCUGUUCUUGUUGUAAUUUAUCCCUGGCCGGUAAAGUUCCUUUUCAUAGGUACAACUACAAAUACUGCAGCACAACUUGCAUGCAUGUGCACAAAGAAUUUAUUGAGGAAGAUGGUUAGCAUAAACUGCUGGUUGUUAAUUUACUCUCUUGUAACUGUUCUGUCUUCUACAAAAUUUCAAGAAUGUUCCAACUCCUACAAUUUUUAAAGAAAUUGAAGCGAAUGGGAAUAAUGUGUGGAAGGAUACAUUUUAGAGUGGCCAUGUUGUUUCAGGUUUUUAAUCGGUUUCAUCACUUGUAUUCUUUCAAUUUUUCUUAAUGAUGUUAUUACUUGUCUGAUAACAACUGGGUUACCACUCUGUAAAGUAGCAUUUGCGACAAUGAGAAUCUGGAAGUCCUCCCAACGUAAAUGUAGAAUCAUCAAUUGGAUUUGUACUAUAGGGUCGGCAUCUUGG